AUGCGCAUGCUGUCACUACUCUUCCCCCAAUCCCAUUCCAUCAUCAUCAUCAUCAUCAUCAUCAGCAUCAUCGUCUGCCUGUUCAGGUCCAACACAGCAACAAUGAUAUCACAGCUCAUCAACUCGCCGCAGGGAAUGGAGGCCUCUGCCCUAUCGGACCUCGCCAUUUUGCCUCCCCCCAAGCCCCGUCCCGUCCCUCCCUCGGUCAAUCGUCUUCUCGCCGCCUCCCAUGCCACGCCCUCGUCCUAG